CAAAUAAUUACUAGGUUAACAGAAAUGAUGGAAGAGAGAAACGUCGAAGAAAAUCCGCGAGAGUUCGGAGACGUUAUUUCAAAAAUAAAGAAAGUUCACGGAAUUCUUGAUCGCGUGGGGUUGAAUUUGACGAAUAUCAAAAGCAAGGUACGUCACCAUCAAAGAAGUCAAUCUUGUGGAGUCGGAAAACUUGAAAAUCACACGGAUGAAGAGAAAGACAGGCACACGCCUUCAUCAAGGUAUGUCAGUCACAUACCUGUGCCGUAUGGGAGACUUCGUCUCAGAAACAAAGUCGCGACGUUAUCUAUGGCUGAUCGAGAUCAGAAUCACGGGGGGGCAUCCGGAGAAGGUGACGUUACAGUCGAAAAACAUCUCAGAAAUGAUAGAAGAAGGGAGUCCCCAUCACCGAAUAGAGGAAAACAACCUGAUGCGGGUAUCAACUCUGAACCGGAUUUACCAACACCCAGAACAGAAGAGCGCAGAAGGCGAUGUGGCUCGUUACCGGUUCCAUUAGCUCGAGCAAGAAGUGUACAUAACCAGCGCUAUCUCAGCCAAGCAGCGGAAAACAAAUUAUCUUCAACAAGUUCAAAUAAAUUACUCUAUCCGAAUACUGCUGAAAAUCCCAAAUUCAACAUCCCUGCAGAAUACCCAACGCAAUGCGAAAGACCACCACGGUCAAUUCAUCGCAAACGUGAUCGAAGAUACAGCAGGGUGGUUGCCAGAAAAGUUUUGAAUGAAGAAGCUACCUCGGACAUAUUGCAUGACACAUUUACUACGGAUGCACGCUGUUCUGAAAAUAGCACAGAUAAACAAGAAACCAAUUCUGAUGACUCAUGUACCCCAACAAAUUCUCCGCGGUAUUCAGUGUUGCAAAAACAAACUUAUCCCGAUUUAAAAGUUGACGUAGGUUUGCAUACUCGUUCUCGAAGCAUUCCAACAAAAAUAGACGGAAGAAUUGAAAGACGUCUAGAAAAUUAUUUGAAUAAAGGUCUAAAAUCUGAAUUAAACAUGCAACAGACUCACAGCCAACGACCGAUACUAGUUGCCCGAAGAAGUCGAAUACCAAGAAAAAGUCAUUCAACGUUGCGAAAAGAUGUACAUGAAAAAGAUUUAAAAACAGACGACAAUCCAAAGACAUCAUCUCCAGCGCCUAAACUCAAACAGUCGCUCAUUGAUCACAAGAGAACUUCACCACACAACAAAAUCAAACGAGAAAAUGUCCCAAAACCCAUUCGAGGUGGGAGGCGGCGUGUCCGAGAUUUGCUUGAGGACCAGUGCUCUAGCGCUGAAAUUGAUAACAACACUACACCACACAAUGACCCGCGGCCACCAGAAGAUUCGUUGGUUGACACGCACGAUGAUGGAGAAUCGCAAACUGUAGUAAACUCUUCGGAAAUCGACACUGGUUCGAUGGUUGACACGCAAUAUGAUGGAGUAUCGGAAGCUGCAGUUAAUUCUUCCGACAUCGCACCCAUUCGAGGGGAAACGCGGCUUGCCCUAGAUUCGCUUGAGGACCAGUGCUCUAGCGCUGAAAUUGAUAACAACACUACACCACACAAUGACCCGCGGCCACCAGAAGAUUCGUUGGUUGACACGCACGAUGAUGGAGAAUCGCAAACUGUAGUAAACUCUUCGGAAAUCGACACUGGUUUUGGGAGUGAAAUUUCUAGAGUUGACGAAGGAUAUGAGGUAACUACAGGAAGAAGCGACGACAGUAGCGCAAGUGCAACUUGGAGGUGGAUAAACCGAGAUGCUGCCGAUGAAAUUUACGAAUCAGAUCCAGGCAGUUCAUACAGAGAAAGAAUAGUAUCUCCAAGGGGGAGCAGCAGCACCGCGAAAGAGAUUGAGAACCAUGACACCAAUCAGUACGAUAACAACGACAUACAAUGUAUUUCUUCUCCGUCUCUAGUGCAUUCCGAAAGUGACCUUCCUGAAACGCUUUUUGAUGCAGAUGACAUAAAAACUGGCCGCAGCGUAUCGGAAAUCACGCAAUUAAUUGAAAAUUCAGCAAUCGAAAACCAAAAUAUGAUGACUAGUCCCAAACAAGACAUAUUGUCUGCUGAGUUAUCUUUCGACACAGAUUAUUCUCUGGUAAAGGACCGACUUCAUAGAUAUUCAAAUGAAUUUAAGAAUACUGAAAUACCAAAUCUCGAAUCCCCAGACCACGUACCAGUUACAAAGGGAAGAAUACGUGAACAAGUUGAUCUGUUCGAAAAACGAAUAGAAGAUGGCAAUGAUCCAUUUUGUAGUCAAGUACCAAGUCUGUAUCAUGAUAUUGUCAAACUUGUUGACGGAUAUAUUCUUGACGCCUGCGCCAGUUUAGAAAAAGAAUCAGAGACGAAAGGUACAACUAUGCCGGUGGUACCACGCUUGGAUCUACAAUCUCUGAAUCGAGAGGAAGACGAAAAAUUUGAAAAAAUGCGUGGUAUUGGCAGGAAGAAAGAAUCGAGCGAACAAAGUACGCCAUAUAAAAGUUGCCUACACUCAUCAAUGAAUACAGAUUGCAUACAGAAGUUUUUCUCCUCUACAAGAUUGCGAAUUGGUCAAUUUAAGCAAUCGAAGUUGUUACAUAUUAUAUGUUCGUCUUGCAAGUGUACAAAACGGUUAUGGGAGCACAGCUUUGGGAGGAGAACUAGAUGCACAAUUAUUGGAGUGUUAUACGAAAUAUUUUAUGGUGUGACAACGUUGUCUGUAAUGUUAUUGAUCCUGUUCAUGGGAAUUUCAAUUCCAGAAAGAGAUGAUCUUCUUCGAUCUAGCGAAUUUAUUCUUAAUGACAUCAUAGCAUUUACACGUGCUGGUCCACCGAACUGUGUCGUAUGAUAUUUAUGUUGUAUUAUUUUUAUGUUGUUUCUACGUGAUUAUUAUAUGCAUACUGACUACGUCUUCUAGCGACGAGUGCUAAAUUC